AUGGCUCUCUCCAGGAGUUGCUCCGGCCCUGGCGUCGGCCUUGUCAAGGCAUUGGCUGCCCCGCGCCUGUCCCCCGCCUUCCCGCGCCCUGCCCGCCGCGCCGUUCACGAUGUAGCAAUCACUCGCACCGGCAAGCCCAUUAUCCGGAUAGCUGGUGGCAGGUCCUCGCUCGGAGGGCACACCGCGACCGUCUUCGGCGCCACUGGCUUCCUGGGUAGAUAUAUCGUCAACAGGCUGGCGCGCCAGGGUGUCACGGUCGUCGUGCCCUUCCGCGAGGAAAUGGCCAAGCGUCACCUCAAGGUGGCCGGUGACCUGGGCAGAGUCGUCUUCAUCGAGUACGAUCUGCGCAACACGCAGUCGAUCGAGGAGAGCGUCCGUCACUCGGACAUUGUCUACAACCUGGUCGGCCGCGACUACCCCACCAAGAACUUCGAGCUCGAUGACGUGCACAUCGAGGGCGCUGAGCGCAUCGCCGAGGCCGUCGCCAAGUACGACGUCGACCGCUUCGUGCACGUCUCGUCGCACAGCGCCGACGUCAACUCGCCCUCCGAGUUCUACCGCACCAAGGCGUGGGGCGAGCGGGCCGUCCGCAACAUCUUCCCGGAGACGACGAUUGUGCGCCCGGCGCCCAUGUUCGGCUACGAGGACAACCUGCUCAACACGCUGGCCGGCGUGACCAACCUCAUCACGUCGAACGCGAUGCAGCAGCGCUUCUGGCCCGUCCACGCCAUCGACGUCGGCAUGGCUCUCGAGCACAUGCUGUACAACGACCACACGGCGUCGGAGACGUACGAGCUCUACGGCCCGACCAACUACUCGAUGGCCGAGCUGGCCGACAUGGUCGACAAGGAAAUCAUCAAGCACCGCCGCCACAUCAACGUUCCCAAGAAGCUCAUGCAGCCGAUUGCCAAGGUGCUCAACCGCGCCCUCUGGUGGCCCACGACGUCGGCCGACGAGGUCGAGCGCGAGUUCAUCGACCAGCACAUCGACCCCAAGGCCAAGACGUUCAAGGACCUCGACAUCGAGCCCGUCGAGAUCAAGAGCCUGGCGUACGCCUACCUCAAGGCCUACCGCAGCUCCUCCUUCUACGACCUCCCGCCCCAGACGGAGCGCGAGAAGCGCGAGGAGAAGAAGUACCUCCACGUCAUCGACGACCAAUAG